AUGGACAGUGCCCGUACUGAAAGGAGAAAACCACGGAAACUUAUGAAAGUAGAUGAAGGUCUAUCUCUAUCUGAAUAUGUGAGGAAUAAUAAGAAAUACUGGAAUGAUGUGUUUAAUCAACUGGAUACGUACCAUGGAUCUGUUGAAAACGAAAGCAAAAUGUUAGCAGAAGUGCUGCCAAAGGAUUUAUAUGAAAAAGUUUGUGCGUCACUAAAUAUUCCGAGGACUGAAGUCGAGGAAUCGAAGCCAGAAGGGAUUACAGUAAAUCUACCGCGGCGUAUAGUAAAAGAACCACAAAUAUCUACUAGAAAAUGCCUGUAUGUGAACAGAGAGUUGGACUCGGAUACAGAGGUAGAGUUUUGUGCCAGCGAUGAAGAAGAAAAAUCUAACAUUUACUUGGACAUGUUAAACAAACCGAUUCGGGAGCAGAUAACAUGGCCUACUCGGUACCUACAACCUGAAAGGGAAGACGAAAAGAGUCUUGUCAAGAAGGCCGAUGACCUCACUGACAGAGUAAAUACUGUUUUGGGUUUUUCUAUUUUAGAAACCACAGCACACAUUAUUGCCAAUGAAUUUUGUGAAUACAUGAAGCAACUCGGAGGUGAUCAACAAUCGAAGCUGUUCACACCCAAAGCUAUCAAGGAACUGUUCCAACUAUCUCGUUACGCAUCGUUGAAUCGUGAGAUCACCAAGGACAUCAAAGCUGAACAGCGCACUCCGAACGUUACAGCAUUCAGUCAGAGCCUCCCAAUGUCCUCCCAAUAUCAUCCACCUCGGAACGAGACUAAGAAACUAUGGAGAUCUGCUAAACAUGUGCCUAGAGAACUGGUCACCCUCAAAACUGUUUGGGAAGGAAUCACUAAUCUUAGGAGUGUGAAGGAGUACUGUCGUUGGAUGAUCCAUCACCCAGAACAUCGUCGACCGCCAUACUUGAAAAGUCUUGGCCUCUUCGACCCUGUAGUGCUAGACGCGAGACUUACUUUCGAAUCGGAAUACCAGAUCACCCCACCCAUAUCAUCUCCCCAUGACCCACCAGCUCCCAUAGAAAAUAUGCGAACUGGAUUUUCAGAAUCGAUUAACCACGAAUAGAAAAAAUUGAAAUCGAUACGUGAGAUUAUAUCAGUUCUUAUCACAUCACUAUGUUC